AUGGACAAGAACCACUACACAGUCCUUGGCGUGCCGCCGAAUGCCACCCGGACACAGAUCUACGAAGCGUACCGCGGCUCGCGGGCUCAGCUACAAGGCCAGCUUCAACGCCUUAAAGACGCCUAUAUCGUCCUCAUGGACCCUGCGACGCGCGCUGUCCAUGACUAUACGAUUGCCAACAGUGCUGCCCAAGCGACAGGCUCAGCGGACACCACAGCCCAACAAGACGACAGCAGCAGCAAGAACAUGACCACUGACAAGGCGAGGUUCAACGGCCCAGGCCUCCUGUCCCCCGCACCCCAGAUGAACUGGGGCGGCUCAGCACUUGGCCUGAAAGGCAUGGAAACGGGCGUAGCAUUCGACAACUCGCAGAUGGACGUGCCACCGACACCGGUGACGCCGGUGACGCCGCUUGAGCUCAAGUGGGGCAGGGCAGAGCUCCCAUCACGAGGUGGUGGUGGUCGGUAG